AUGGCCAUAGAGUGCGUAACAAGUACAAAAUCAAUGCUUCAACCAUCACCACCAAAGCACAACGAAGACAACAAAGAAGGUGAACCACCAUUGGUUUUUGAUGGUUCACUUCUAAGGCACAAACUCCAUCUUCCAAAACAGUUCAUUUGGCCAGAUAAAGAGAAGCCAUGCUUAAAUGUUCCUGAACUUGUUGUUCCACUCAUUGACUUGGGUGGUUUCCUCUCUGGUGACCCAGUUGCAGCAAUGGAAGCUGCAAGGCUUGUUGGUGAGGCAUGUCAGAAACAUGGUUUCUUUCUGGUUGUGAAUCAUGGGAUUGAUGCAAAUUUAAUCUCUGAUGCUCAUAGUUGCAUGGAUGAUUUCUUUGAGAUUCCCCUGUCUCAGAAACAGAGGGCUCAGAGGAAACAAGGGGAACACUGUGGUUAUGCUAGUAGCUUCACUGGCAGAUUCUCCUCCAAGCUUCCAUGGAAAGAGACACUUUCUUUUCAGUUCUCAGCUGAGAAAAACUCAUCCUCUGUUGUCAAAGACUACUUGUGCAACACAAUGGGCAAAGAGUUUGAGCAAUUUGGGAAGGUUUACCAGGACUACUGUGAAGCCAUGAGCACUCUUUCUUUGGGGAUAAUGGAGCUUUUGGGAAUGAGCCUUGGAGUUGGGAAAGAAUGUUUUAGAGAGUUCUUUGAAGAAAACAGUUCAAUAAUGAGGCUCAAUUACUACCCACCAUGUCAAAAACCUGACCUCACUUUGGGCACUGGACCUCACUGUGAUCCAACAUCUUUAACCAUUCUUCACCAGGACCAAGUUGGUGGCUUGCAAGUUUUUGUUGACAAUGAGUGGCGUUCCAUUAAACCAAAUUUCAAUGCUUUUGUUGUCAACAUAGGUGACACCUUUAUGGCUCUUUCAAAUGGGAUAUACAAGAGUUGCUUGCAUAGGGCAGUGGUGAACAGCAAGACAACAAGAAAAUCUCUUGCUUUCUUUUUGUGUCCAAAAAGUGAUAAGGUGGUUACUCCACCAAGUGGAUUGGUGGAUGAUUUGACCCCAAGGAUCUACCCAGAUUUUACAUGGCCUAUGCUGCUUGAGUUUACUCAGAAACAUUACAGAGCUGACAUGAAAACUCUUGAGGCAUUCACCAACUGGCUUCAACAGAAAAGGAGCUGAAAUUUC